AGUUAGGGAAAAAAUAACAGGAUUGUAUUAUACUUAGUAAAAACUGCACCUAGGCAUUUGAGCACCAUAAAGAUGCUUACAUUUAACUGUUUCCACUUGCUUCUUUAACAGAAAGAACAUGAAGUCCACUUGGUUAUUUAUAAUAUACUUGCUAUGGCUGAAUGGUCACCAGUGUGCACCGACCAGGCAGGAGGAAAUGAAUCUCCGGGAAAACCUGAAGACUUUGUCUGAAGUUGGGGAGAAAUAUGUAGAUGAAGAGGUAAAGAAAGCUUUGAUUGGUAUUAAGCACAUGAAAAUUAUGAUGGAAAGAAAUGAAGAUAAGCACAUAGAUCUGAUGAAAACUUUGAAGAAGAGCAGUGAAGAAAAACAGGAAGCCUUGCGACUUAUGGAUGAAGUAAAGGAAAGAUUAGAAGAAGAAGAAAGACAAUGCCGAGUAUCUUUGAAAAAUCUAUGGGAUGAAUGUGAAUCUUGCUUAGAAAGCACCUGCAUGCGAUUUUAUACGACUUGCAGACAUAGUUUAUCAACAUUUAGAAGCAAGGUUGAAGAUUUUUUGAGGAAAAUACCUCCACUUAUUUUCCCUUUUCAUGAAGAUCAAGGAAAAGACAUCCAGAUUAAUGAAAAGCCUGAGAAAGAGGAUACUCAACUAGUAAAAAUGGAAGAUUUAUUUAGCCAACUGUUAUCAGACAUGGGCUCAAUGUUUGACAGAAGUUUCACGUUUUUCAAACAGAUGCAAAAAGAAUUUGACCAAUCUUUUCAAACAUAUUUCAUGUCUGAUCUGGAUUUGAGUGAAUCCCCCAGCAUGCCUGCUUUACCCGAGGCCACUACCAGAAAUGACGGCUUACAGAAAGACUGGGGUAUACCGGCCUUCCUGCAGACAGUCUUUGAUUUCAGCAAGACAGUGUUUGAAGGUGUCAGUGAGGUGAUUACUGAAGUAUUCGAUGAAUACAAAGAUAAUAGAAGAGAUUUGCCAGAGCAAGCCAAAGGUUCUGACAGGGGUGGCAUGUUCUCAAAAAUUGUGUCAGGACGUCAAAGGACUCUGUGCAAAGAGCUUCGAGAGAAUUCCUCUGGAUGCACACAGUUUCAUGAGAGAUGUCAGAAAUGUCAAGACAAUCUUUUGCAUGAUUGCCCAAAUGUUCCUGAACUGCAUAUGAAGUUUGAUGAAGCCUUUAAGCUGGUUAAUCUCUCUGGUGAGCAGUACGAGCAGAUUCUCCAGAUGGUUCAGCAUCACACAGAAGACACUUCCUACUUGCUGAACAAAAUGAAAGAAAGAUUUGGGUGGGUGUCUGAGUUAUCCAAUAUGACCAUCGGACCAGAAAAUAUUUUCAAUAUAGUCAAGGUGGUACCUGGAGAUGCUUCUGGUACAAAUGAAACUGUGGUAGAUGUGAAUAUUUUGACUUCACCUACUUUCACCAUUAAAGUUCCUCCCCACUUAGACCCAAAGAGUGCUGAAUUCAUCGAAUACAUAGCUGGAAAAGCACUGCAACUAUAUAAGCAGAAUUUUUAAGUGGAAUGAAGAUGUGGGAAAUCUCAAUCCCUGAAAUCCGUGUACUCUCCUUAGGUGAAAUACUCCUAAACUCAAUGUUCAGCUAUUUGUUAAAUGACUACAGUUAAAAUAGUUGCAUAUAAAUAAAAUUUUGCUUAAUAAAUACCGUGACAUAUGAGCUAGCAACUGAUGACUGUAGCAAUCUUUUAAUUGAAAUACAAAUUCAAGCCCACUUUGAGAGACAUUUAUUUAAAUAAAAUGUUGUUUAUGUUGUAUAUUAGGUGAUCUUUGAGGAAUCAUGUAUGGCUCCGGUUAUGCAAAGAUUUAAGGAAAUAAUUAGCUGUAAACAUGCAAAUAACUCCUAUUUGCAUACUUAAAUUCAGGCAAAUUUUUAAGCCUUUUCAAAAUUGUUCCCUAAAGAUACUACAUAUUCAGCUAAGCCUGAAACAACCAGAUUACCAUAUGCAUAUAGCAUAUUAUUUUCCAAUGAAAAUGCCCCAUUUCUUCUUCCAGUUGCUUUUGAUGUUUGUAACACACAUUAAAUGACUUUUCUGAAUAUGCAUAAAUGAGUAAGUUUUCUGCCUUUAGCACUUUUUACUUGUAGUUUGCCUUUGGAACCAUAAUUAACAGGGAACCCUUUAUCAGAAAAGAUGUUUGUCUUUUCCUACAUUGUUGUCUUUAGCUUGCAUGGUAUUUGCAAAUUAUAUUCACUAAGAACAGAUACAACUCUCAGAAGCAAAGCUCUAGGUGUUUUGGUUUUAUUGGCUGUGAUUGAACAUUUUUGCACGCAUUUACAUUCACCAUUUCCAACUGUAUCUUUGCAAAAUAAAAUGUAUGCAUCUCAAAAUGUAUAAAGCCACACAGGAGACAAAAGGGAAAUGGCAAUUUAAUUGUUUUAAGUAGUGAAAAUGAUACAUUUUCCCAUCUACACUAUGGAAAAAUUAACAUUUUCUAGCCUACAGUUCCUGUUCCUUCAACUUCUUUUAUAUUACAGAACGCUAAUCUUGAGAGAUUAAGUAGCCGUAACUCCUGGAAUCACACCAGUUAUUAGAAAGUCGGUCUAUCUGAGAGAUGUGUACCUCAACCGCUUAACUACUAAGAUCUACUAUUAUGAAGAAAUAUUCAGAGAAGAACUGGUCUGUUUUGGCCAACAGAGAGAAUAUACCUCGAAAAUCUUCAGAUGACGCUGUAUCAGGAGCUGUGCAGAAGGCAACAUUCAGAACACAAAACUAUGCUGAAAAACAGGGGAGAGGAGCGGAUACUGGCAAGGUGAAACUCAACGACAGCCAGCACUGAGUGUUGCCCUUAGAGAGAAGGUACAGCAUAAAAGGUUUGCAGCCCAAGAGGAGUGACACUGUAGGCCAACUUGAGUGGGGCCUGGGAUCCUCAGUUCAAGACAGGAAACUUCUGAAGAGGGCCCAGGGGAGGGCUACAAAGAUGAUGAGGGGCCUGAAUCAUCUGCCUUAUGAGGAAAGGCUGAG